UGCUUUCUUAUUUUCCCCUGAAGAUCAGAAACAUGAACGACUGGGCUGCUCCCCUGAUUGCAGCUGCUCUGUUCGCUCUCCUCUGUCCCGGAUUGAUACUUCAAAUUCCAGGAAAACAGAGGCCUGUGGAUUUCAUGAACAUGAAAACCAGUGUCGUCUCUGUGGUUGUGCACAUGAUCCUCUACGCUUUGCUUCUCAUUUUGCUGCUUGUGUUUCUUAACCUUCAUCUCUAUGUUUAAGUAAGCUCGGAGGAAGUUGAUGGGAACACCCCUUUUGCGGCUCUGUUUCUGAACAGAGAAUUCCAAUUUAUAAUUUUUGGUGCUCACUUUUUAUUUUGUCUGUUUUUCUUCUUGUUCUUGUUUUAUGCUGCAACGAACUCUGAAGGGUUAAGGGAUCAUUUGGAACUGGGAAGAAGUUGCUGAGAACACCCCUUUUGUUGCUCUGUUCCUGAAUAGAGAAUGCCAAUUUAUAAUUUUUGCUGCUGUGUUUUUGUUUUUGUUGUUCUUGUUCUUGUUCUUGUUUUAUGCUGCAAUGAACUGUGAAGGGUUAAGGGAUCGUUUGGAACUGGGAAGAAGUUGCUGAGAAGACCCCUUUCGCUGCUCUGUUUUCGAGAAGCCAAUUUAUACUUUUUGCUGCUCUGUUUUUGGUUUUCUUCUUGCUGCUUUUGUUGGUUUGUUUUUGUUUUAUGCUGCAAUGAACUCUGGAGGGUUAAAUCAAGUAAGACAAAUUGGUCA